CUUUCACUCGUCCUCCCGAGUCAGCUCGAGUUGGACUCCAUCCUCGAGACGCGCGCCAAAAAGGUUCGAAAAUGCGGAACACGUAAUGAGUUUAAAUCCGCAGCGCGUCGCUCGUCUCUGCUAGCGGUCGCAUUCAUCGCCCCCUUUCUCCCCCCUUCCAUUUGUUCGACGAAAGUCCGCGCAGAAGGAUCCGGGAUGUACGUAGUGAAGCGGGACGGACGGCCCGAGGCCGUCCACUUCGACAAGAUCACGGCGCGGCUUAAGAAGCUGAGUUACGGGCUCACCCAGGAGCACUGCGACCCGGUGCUCGUCGCCCAGAAGGUGUGUGCCGGCGUCUAUAAGGGCGUCACCACCAGCCAGCUCGAUGAGCUCGCCGCCGAGACCGCCGCCGCCAUGACCGCCAAUCACCCCGACUAUGCCUCGCUCGCUGCGAGGAUCGUGGUCUCUAAUUUGCAUAAGAACACAAAGAAGUCCUUCUCCGAAACGAUAAAGCUAAUGUAUCAUCAUUUCAAUGAGAGAUCUGGACAGGAGGCUCCGUUGAUUGCUGAUGAUGUUUAUGAGAUAAUCAUGAAGAAUGCUGCUCGCUUGGACAGUGAGAUAAUUUAUGAUCGAGAUUUUGACUAUGACUACUUUGGAUUUAAAACUCUGGAGAGGUCAUAUCUCUUGAAAGUAUCUGGCAUGGUAGUUGAGAGGCCACAACACAUGCUGAUGAGAGUAGCUGUUGGAAUCCACAAAGAUGACAUCAAGUCUGUUAUCAGAACUUACCAUCUGAUGUCUCAACGGUGGUUCACUCAUGCUUCUCCCACCUUGUUUAAUGCAGGCACCCCUAGGCCGCAGUUAAGUAGCUGUUUCUUGAUAUGCAUGAAAGAAGAUAGCAUUGAGGGGAUAUAUGAUACGCUUAAGGAGUGUGCUAUAAUAAGCAAGUCAGCUGGAGGAAUUGGUGUUUCUGUUCACAACAUCCGAGCAACAGGCAGUUAUAUCCGUGGGACAAAUGGAACAUCUAAUGGUAUUGUUCCAAUGCUAAGGGUGUUCAAUGAUACUGCUCGUUAUGUUGAUCAAGGAGGAGGCAAGAGAAAGGGUGCAUUUGCCGUAUAUUUGGAACCUUGGCAUGCUGAUAUGUAUGAGUUCCUUGAGCUUAGAAAGAACCAUGGAAAGGAAGAGCAUAGAGCUAGGGACCUGUUUUAUGCCCUUUGGAUUCCUGAUCUCUUUAUGGAAAGAGUUCAGAGUAAUGGACAAUGGUCAUUGUUUUGCCCUAAUGAAGCUCCGGGACUUGCUGAUUGUUGGGGUGAUGAAUUUGAGAAACUCUACCUAAAAUAUGAGGAUGAGGGCAAGGCCAAGAAGGUUGUUGCAGCACAGAACCUUUGGUUUGAGAUCCUUAAAUCUCAGAUUGAGACUGGAACACCGUAUAUGCUCUUCAAGGAUACUUGCAAUAGGAAAAGUAAUCAACAGAAUCUUGGUACCAUUAAGUCUUCAAACCUAUGCACUGAGAUUAUUGAAUACACAAGUCCUACUGAAACAGCCGUGUGCAACCUGGCAUCCAUUGCUUUACCACGGUUUGUCAGGGAGAAGGGUGUCCCACUAGAGUCACAUCCAUCCAGGUUGGUUGGUAGUAGUGGAUCAAAGAACAGAUACUUUGAUUUUGACAAGCUUGGUGAGGUUACUGCAAUAAUAACCGAGAAUCUCAACAAAAUAAUUGAUGUGAACUACUAUCCAGUUGAAACUGCAAGGAGAUCAAACCUACGACAUAGGCCAAUAGGAAUUGGUGUUCAGGGUUUGGCUGACACUUUCAUUUUACUUGGCAUGCCUUUUGAUUCACCUGAGGCUCAGCAGCUGAACAAGGAUAUAUUUGAGACCAUAUAUUACCAUGCUCUCAAGUCUUCUUCUGAAAUUGCUAUUAGCAGUGGUCCUUAUGAGACUUAUCAAGGAAGUCCAGUAAGCAAGGGAAUUCUCCAACCUGACAUGUGGAAUGUUACUCUUUCUGAUCGAUGGGAUUGGGCUGCAUUAAGGGAAAUGAUAUCAAAGAAUGGUGUCAGAAACUCUCUUCUUAUUGCUCCUAUGCCCACUGCUUCAACUAGUCAAAUUCUUGGCAACAACGAGUGUUUUGAGCCAUACACAUCCAACAUCUACAGUCGCAGAGUUUUAAGUGGGGAAUUCGUUGUGGUGAAUAAACAUCUCCUGCAUGACUUGACUGAGAUGGGUCUAUGGUCACCUGCUCUCAAGAACAAGAUAAUUUAUGAGGAUGGUUCUGUUCUCAAGAUUCCUGAAAUUCCAGAUAACUUAAAAGCAAUUUACAAAACUGUUUGGGAGAUUAAACAAAGGACUCUAGUUGACAUGGCUGUUGAUCGUGGGUGUUACAUAGAUCAGAGUCAGAGCCUUAAUAUCCACAUGGACCAGCCAAAUUUUGGGAAGCUAACAUCGCUGCACUUCUAUGCUUGGUCCAAGGGUUUGAAAACUGGAAUGUAUUAUUUGCGUUCUCGUGCUGCUGCGGAUGCAAUCAAGUUUACUGUGGACACUUCUUUGCUCCAAAAAACAACUAAGCCGGUGGAGGAUGAUGAUGUCGAAGCCAAAAUGGCACAGGUUGUUUGUUCCUUGGAAAACCGUGAAGAGUGCAUGGCAUGUGGAAGUUAAGAUGUAAUAUUCCAGCAGCAGAUGUUUUCAGUCUCUAACUGAAACACCAGAAGCAGAAGCAGAAGCAGAAGCAGAAGCAGAAGCACCAUGAUGAAAAGUAAGAUACUCAUCUACAGCUUUGGGCUCUCCUGGUGUCACUUUAGGGUUGCUUGAUGGGAUCAAAUGAAGGCUCAUGUGUGUGUGUGUGUGUGUGUUUGUUUAUUAGUGAAUUUGGAUGUGUUAUUUGUUUAGAGCUACUAUCUAAUAGCUAAUGUCUUGUUUGGAUAGUUCUGCAUAAACAAGAUAGACCAACUCAGGUGCAAAUGAAGGCUCAUGUGUGUGUGUGUUUUAGUGAAUUUGGAUGUGUUAUUUGUUUAGAGAUACAAUCUAAUAUCUAGUGUCUUGUUUGUAUAGUUCUUCAUAAACAAGAUAGACUGCCUCAGGUGCAUAUGAUGGAAUGCCACUGGUCCUUUAAAUAGACUUGAAAUUCUAGUCCUGUAUCAA